AUGUCGAUAUUUAGAUUGGCAACACUCAAUGUGCAUUCAUUCGUGGCUCAAUCAACGUAUUUGAAUAAUGUUUCUGACUUAGUAUCAAUUCUGAAACCACUUAAUCUAGAUCUAAUUGCACUUGAAGAAACAAAAAAUGAUACUAACUGGACAAGAUUUUGCCAAGAUCUCUCUUUACCUCAUUUAAUAUAUGGUGACUGUGAGCAAUAUCACUUUGGCGUUGGUAUUGCAUCACGUUAUCCAAUCAUCUCUUCUUUAAAUCAACGGACAAGUGUAUCAUAUCCAGGCGGACGUAGAUCUUUACUUCGAUGUGUGUUAGGUGGUGAUCAUCGAUUUCUUACCGAUCGAAUAUUUGCUGUGACACAUUUAGAUUAUUUAGAUGAAGAUGAUCGAUUACAUCAGAUUAAAGAAUUUAAUCCACCUGAACAAAACAUUGAUAUUUUAAUGGGUGAUAUGAAUGCAUUAACGCGAGAAGAUUAUUCAAAUGAUUACUAUCAACAUCGAGUUGUAGAUGUGCGAAAAAACGCUGCAUGGGAAUCGCCUCGUUUUGAAUUGACAAAUUUAAUAAAAAACGAAUGGAACUAUAUAGAUGCUUUUAGGUUAAUAAAUCCAACAUUGAAAAAUGAACAAGUAACAACGUGUUAUUACGGAACACGGAUUGAUUAUAUUUAUUUCCGACCGAAGAUAAAUGACUCAUGGAUGUUAUCAAAAUGUUGGAUUAUUGACACCAAAGGAGCUACAGAUCAUAACGCUGUCGUAGCAGAAUUUAAAGAAAAAUAA